GCAGCACCUCGUCCACUUUUUCUUUCUUCCUAUCACAGGAGUGCGUUCAGCAGGCAAGGCAGGCAGCGGGAGUGUGAGUGAGGUUCUACCCGGGCGGAGCGUCGGAUGCUCGGCCACUGCUGCUGCGGAUAUCCGCCUGGUACCUGCCUCCCUCUCAGGAGGGACGACUCGAUUCCGAAAAGGCCAUUUUUUGCCGCUUUUGUAACACGGUGAAUGGUUAGCAGAGGCGGGGGUGAAAUGUUUUUUUUUUCGAUGAUACGGAUGUAACGGCGGAGCAUUAUUAGCAUCACCUGGGAUUUUUUAAAAACUGUUAUCAUCUGAAUUAGCUUACUGGCACAUUUUGAUGUCGACUUAAAUAUCAUAUGUAUUCGCUAGGGUUGAAUUAAUAUCCUAACGGAAGACAAAACAAAAGGUUGGAUGAGUUUUCCUCUUGCCUGGACACCAUGAGCACCAUCUCGCCGACAGACUUUGACAGCUUAGAGAUCCAGCAGCAGUACAAUGACAUCAACAACCGCUGGGACCUGGCAGCAGAGACCGAUUGGGACAACGAAAACAGUUCCGCACGCCUCUUUGAGCGCUCGCGCAUCAAGGCUCUUGCAGAUGAACGUGAAGCUGUACAGAAGAAGACCUUCACCAAAUGGGUGAACUCUCACUUAGGCCGUGUAACUUGUCGAAUUGGUGACUUAUACACAGACCUGCGUGAUGGCCGCAUGCUUAUCCGCCUGCUGGAAGUGCUCUCAGGAGAACAGCUGCCAAAGCCUACCAAGGGCCGCAUGCGUAUCCACUGCUUGGAGAAUGUUGAUAAAGCCUUGCAGUUCCUCAAGGAGCAAAAAGUCCAUUUAGAAAACAUGGGGUCACAUGACAUUGUGGAUGGGAACCAUCGUCUCACACUGGGUCUCAUCUGGACCAUCAUUCUUCGCUUCCAGAUUCAGGACAUCAGUGUUGAGACAGAAGACAACAAAGAGAAGAAAUCUGCUAAAGAUGCCCUUCUCCUUUGGUGCCAAAUGAAAACCGCUGGCUAUCCCAAUGUCAACAUCCACAACUUCACUACCAGCUGGAGGGACGGCCUAGCGUUCAAUGCCAUCGUGCACAAACACAGACCUGACCUGAUUGAGUUUGACAGCCUGAAAAGGUCCAAUGCUCACUACAAUCUCCAGAAUGCUUUCAACGUGGCUGAGAAGGAGAUGGGCCUUACUAAGCUCCUGGACCCAGAAGAUGUUAAUGUUGAUCAACCAGAUGAGAAGUCCAUCAUUACCUACGUGGCUACCUACUACCAUUACUUCUCAAAGAUGAAGGCCCUAGCAGUGGAAGGCAAACGAAUUGGCAAGGUUCUGGACUAUGCCAUCGAGGCUGAUCAGCUGAUUGAGAAGUAUGAGACCUUGGCCUCAGAGCUGCUGGAGUGGAUUGAGCAGACCAUAGUGACUCUGAAUGAUCGGCAGCUUGCUAACUCACUCAGUGCAGUGCAGAAUCAGCUCCAGGCUUUUAAUUCUUACCGGACUGUGGAGAAACCACCAAAAUUUACAGAGAAAGGAAACUUGGAGGUUCUUCUCUUUACCAUCCAGAGCAAAAUGAGAGCAAACAACCAGAAGGUUUACACGCCUAGAGAGGGGAAAUUAAUCUCUGAUAUCAAUAAGGCAUGGGAACGACUUGAAAAGGCAGAGCAUGAACGUGAGCUGGCCCUGAGAAAUGAGCUGAUCCGCCAAGAAAAGCUCGAGAUGCUUGCGGCACGAUUUGAUCGCAAAGCUGCUAUGCGGGAAACGUGGUUGAGUGAGAAUCAGCGCUUAGUGUCUCAGGACAAUUUUGGAACUGACUUGGGCGCGGUGGAAGCUGCCACUCGUAAACAUGAGGCAAUUGAGACAGACAUCGGUGCAUACUGGGAGCGAGUGGCUGCUGUUGAAGCAGUUGCCAAAGAGCUGGAAGCAGAGGGAUACCAUGAUGUCCGGCGUGUGCUUGCAAGACGAGAUAAUGUGCUUCGUCUUUGGGAAUACCUCAAGGAGCUCCUGGCAGCACGCAGAGAGCGACUUAAUGCCCAUCGUGACCUACAGAGGCUGUUCCAGGAGAUGCGCUACAUCAUGGACUGGAUGGCUGAUAUGAAGAGUCGUAUGCAGUCCCAAGACAGUGGCAAACAUUUGCAUGAUGUUUUGGACCUAAAUCAGAAACAUACUCUAGUAGAGGCUGAUAUUUCAGCUCAGGCUGAGAGAAUCAAAGCUGUGCAGGGAGCUGCCCAACGCUUCACUUCCCAUGAUCAAGCAUACAAACCCUGUGAGCCAGGACUUGUUAGUGAAAAAGUUGACCUGCUGGGCCAAGCCUAUGAGGAGCUAGUUCAACUUGCAGCACAGCGCAGAGAACGCCUUGAGGACUCUCGUCGCCUGUGGCAGUUCCUGUGGGACCUGGGAGAGGAGGCCGCCUGGAUCAGAGAGCAAGAACAGAUCCUGACCAGUGGGGAGUGUGGGCGGGACCUCACUUCUGCCCUUCAUCUACUCAGUAAACAUGAGGCCUUCAGGGAUGAGAUGGCUGCCCGCUAUGGCCCUCUGAGUAACAGCAUUGCUUCGGGGGAAGCUUUGAUUAACGAGGGACAUUUUGGAGCCCCAGAAGUCACCGAGAAUAUUAAAGACAUCCGUGCACAGUGGACACAUCUGGAGGAGACAACAAAGCUCAGAGAACAGAAGCUUAAAGACUCGGUGGCCCUGCAUCAGUUUCAAACAGAUGCUAAUGACAUGGAGGCGUGGCUAAUGGAAACUCUAAGGCAAGUGUCUAGUCAGGACUUUGGCCACGACGAGUUCUCCACCCAAACUUUAGCUCGCAAGCAGAGGGAAAUAGAGGAGGAGAUUAAUAGCCACCAACCCCUCAUCGACUCCCUGCACGAGCAGGCCCAAGCACUGCCACAAGCCUAUGUUCACUUCCCUCAGGUGGAGGGCCGACUACCUGCUAUUGAGCAGCGCUACAAAGAGUUACAAUCCCUCUCGGCAACUCGGCGCCAGGCACUGGAAGGUGCCCUAGCACUUUAUCGUAUGUUCAGCGAGGCGGGGGCCUGCCAACUCUGGGUGGAGGAAAAAGAAAAGUGGUUACAUGGCAUGGAGAUCCCAACCAAACUGGAAGACUUAGAAGUGGUGCAGCAAAGAUUUGAGACCCUGGAACCAGAGAUGAACAACUUAGGGACUCGUGUCACUGAUGUGAACCAGGUGGCCGAACAGCUGCUGACCUCUGACAAUUGUAACAAAGACCAAAUCCACCAGACACGCGACCAUCUGAACAACAGGUGGAAAGAAUUCCAGAAACUGUCUGGUCAAAAGAAACAAGGACUUGAGUCAGCCCUUAACAUCCAGAACUACCACUUGGAGUGUAAUGAGAUCCAAACAUGGAUGAAAGAAAAGACCAAGGUUAUUGAAUCCACUCAGAGCUUGGGAAAUGACCUGACUGGAGUGAUGGCACUGCAGCGCAAACUUACUGGCAUGGAGAGAGACCUGGAAGCUAUUCAGGGAAAAUUAGAUGACCUGCGAGAGGAGGCACAAAAACUGGCCAAAGAACAUCCAGACCAAGCUGACGAGAUUCAAGGUCGCCUGACGGAAAUACAGGAAGUGUGGGAGGAGUUGAACGCGACCAUGAAACGACGUGAAGAGUCGCUGGGCGAGGCCAGUAAGCUCCAAGGCUUUCUCAGGGAUCUGGAUGACUUCCAGUCGUGGCUUUCUCGCACCCAGACAGCUGUGGCCUCGGAGGACAGUCCGACCUCUCUACCUGAGGCUGAGAGUUUACUCGCCCAGCAUGAGAACAUUAAGAAUGAGGUGGAUAACUAUAAAGAGGACUAUGAGAAGAUGCGAGUGGUCGGUGAGGAGGUGACACAAGGUCAGACGGAUGUCCAGCACAUGUUCUUGGCUCAGAGGCUCCAAGCUUUGGAUACAGGCUGGCAUGAGUUGCGGCAAAUGUGGGAGAACAGGCACAGUCUUUUGGCCCAAGCAUUCGACUUCCAGACUUUCUUGAGAGAUGCAAAGCAAGCAGAGGCCUUCCUCAACAGCCAGGAGUAUGUGUUGUCCCACACAGAGAUGCCAACAAGUCUUCAAGGAGCAGAUGAGGCCAUUAAGAAAUAUGAGGAUUUUCUCACCACCACAGACGCCAGCGAGGAGAAGAUAACCGGUGUUGUGGAAGCGGGUCGGCGCCUCAUUAACGAUGGCAACGCAAACUCUGAUAAGAUCCAAGAAAAAGUGGAUUCUAUUCAGGAAAGGCAUCUCAAAAAUAAGAAGGCUGCCAAUGAAUUGCUGGCAAAACUUAAGGACAACCGUGAACUGCAGCACUUCCUCCAAGAUGGACAGGAGCUCACAUUAUGGAUCAAUGAGAAAAUGCUGACUGCUCAGGACAUGUCGUAUGAUGAGGCCCGAAAUCUUCACAGCAAGUGGCAGAAACACCAGGCCUUCAUGGCAGAGCUGGCCUCUAACAAAGACUGGUUGGACAAAAUUGACAAGGAGGGCCAGGCUCUUGUGGCAGAGAAGCCAGAGUUGAAACCUGUGGUCCAGCAAACCCUGGAGGACCUACAGCGCCAGUGGGAGGAGUUAGAGAGCACCACCCGCACUAAAGCCCAGUGCUUGUUUGAUGCCAACCGGGCAGAGCUAUUUACACAGAGCUGCUCUGCUUUGGAUGGCUGGGUGAAAAACCUGGAGAGUCAGCUGCAUAGUGACGAUUACGGCAAGGAUUUGACUAGUGUCAACAUCCUGUUGAAGAAGCAUCAGAUGCUGGAGCACCAAAUGGAGGUCAGGGAGAAGGAGGUGCAGUCCCUGCAAUCCCAGGCUUUGGCUUUGUCACAGGAAGAUGCUGGAUUAUCUGAGGUAGAUGGUCAACAAAGGCGUGUCACAGACAGUUUUUCCAGCCUUCAGGAGCCUCUUAAACAAAGGAGACAGAGACUACUGGCAUCCAAAGAGGCACACCAGUUCAACAGAGAUCUGGAAGAUGAAAUAUUGUGGGUGAAAGAGAGGAUGCCCCUGGCAACGUCCACAGACCACGGGAAAGACCUUCCCACUGUACAGCUACUCAUCAAGAAAAACCAGACAUUGCAAAAGGAAAUCCAGGGACAUCAGCCCCGCAUUGAUGACAUCCACAAACGGGGCAAGACUCAAAGCCAGGUAGAUGGGGAGCGACAGUCUGCUCUAGAGGAGCGUCUUGUUGAGCUGAAAGGCCUUUGGGAUCAGUUGAUUGAUGAAACGGACAAACGCCACGCUCGCCUCGUCGAAGCCAACCGAGCCCAGCAGUUCUAUGCUGAUGCGGCGGAGGCAGAGGCAUGGAUGGGAGAGCAGGAGUUGCACAUGAUGUCGGAAGAAAAGGCUAAGGAUGAGCAAAGUGCUCUUGUGAUGGUGAAAAAGCACGAGAGCCUGGAACAGGCACUGGAAGACUACGCCCAGACCAUCCACCAGCUAGCCAACAGCAGCCGACUGAUGGUCACCAGCGAACAUCCAGAGAGUGACAGAAUCACAUUACGCCAAGCACAAGUUGACAAGUUGUAUGCCGGGUUGAAAGACCUUGCUGAGGAGCGCCGCGGCCGGCUUCAGGAGAGACUUCGUUUGACCCAGUUAAAGCGGGAGGUGGAUGACUUGGAGCAGUGGAUUGCAGAAAGGGAGUUGGUGGCUGGCUCGCAUGAACUAGGACAAGACUACGAGCAUGUCACAAUGCUGAGAGACAAGUUCCGUGAGAUUGCCCGUGACACUAGCACAAUCGGCCAAGAGCGCGUAGACGCCGUGAACGGCCUGGCUGAUGACCUCAUUGAAUCCGGUCACCCGGAGAACGCCAGUGUGGCCGAAUGGAAGGACGGGCUAAAUGAGGCCUGGGCCGACCUGCUGGAACUGAUUGACACACGCACACAGAUGUUAGCCGCCUCCUACGAGCUGCACCGCUUCCAUCAGGAUGCCAUGGAGGUUCUUGGUCGCAUUAAAGAGAAGCGGGAGGCGCUACCCUCUGACCUCGGCCGGGAUCUGAACACUGUCCAGCAUCUACACAGACAGCACAAUACUUUUGAAAAUGACAUCCAGGCACUCAGUGGACAGGUGAACCAAGUGCAAGAUGAUGCAGCACGACUACAGAAAGCCUACGCUGGAGAGAAAGCCGAUGACAUUAACAGAAGUGAGCAUGCUGUGACAUCUGCCUGGGAGGGUCUUCUGGAGGGUGGUGAAACCCGCAGGGUGCUCCUCCUGGAUACGGUGGAGAAGUUUCGCUUCUUCAACAUGGUGCGAGACCUCAUGCUCUGGAUGGAUGGAGUGAACCUACAGAUUGAUGCGCAUGACAGCCCUCGGGACGUGUCUUCUGCAGGGCUGGUCAUUGCCAAUCAUCAAGACAUCAAGUCAGAGAUCGAGACCAGAGCUGACAGCUUUACAGCUUGUAUUGACAUGGGAAAUGCACUCAUCAACAAUAAUCACUAUGCCACUGAUGAGAUCCGGGAAAAGCUUGCUCAGCUACAAGAGAAGAGGGACAAGAUCAACAAAAAGUGGCAGGACAAGAUGGACCAUUUGCAAAUCAUGCUGGAAGUGUUGCAGUUUGGACGUGAUGCCUAUGUGGCAGAGUCUUGGUUGGCCGGUCAAGAACCUCUUGUGCGGGCAGCAGAGCUGGGUUCCAAUGUGGAUGAGGUGGAAAGUCUAAUAAAGCGCCAUGAGGCAUUUGAGAAACUUGCUGCUUCCUGGGAAGAGCGCUUUGUGAUGCUGGAGAAACUGACCACACUUGAGGAGCAGGAGAAUCAGAGGCGACGAGAAGAAGAGGAGAGAGCACGGAGACCUCCCACACCUCCCAUGGCAGAUGUGGCACAGUCUGAGCUGGAAAGCCAAAUGCAUGACUCUGCAGCCAGAACCAGUCUAGACCAGACAACACUCAAUCAGUCGGUGUCCGUGAAUGGAGUCCACAGCGACGAUACAUCCCAGCAGUCGCUAUCGCUAUCAUUGUCAAUGGGAAAGAAAUCAGAGGCUAAACGUGUGUGUAAGCCAAAGCAGCCGGAGCGUGGCUCGGAAUCGGAGUCAGCAAAUGGACCGGGUAGAGACAGCGGCUUGGCAUCUUCCCGCCUAGACCAGUCGGCCACAUUGCCGGGACGGGGAGGAGCGGAGUCUGAACCAGAAACCAUGGAGGGCAUACUUUGUCGAAAGCAGGAAAUGGAGUCUCACAGCAAGAAGGCAGCUACCAGGUCAUGGCAGAAUGUGUACUGUGUCCUAAGAAAAGGAAGUCUGGGGUUUUAUAAAGACGGCAAGAGCGCAAGUAAUGGCAUCCCCUACCAUGGAGAGGUCCCCAUCAGCCUUGGAGAGGCUGUUUGUGAGGUCGCCCAUGACUAUAAAAAGAGGAAACAUGUAUUCAAGCUCAGGCUAGGAGAUGGAAAAGAGUACCUGUUCCAAGCAAAGGAUGAGUCGGAAAUGAGCUCCUGGAUCCGCUCCAUCCUCAGUUCCAUUCCAUCAGGAUCAGGAGACUCGCCUGGAGGUCCGCGGGUCCUCAGCCGCGCCAUGACCAUGCCCCCCAUCUCCCCCGGCUCAGGUGAUGCCGGAGGUGUGACCAUGCGCAACAAAGAGGGCAAAGAUAAGGAUCGUGAGAAGAGGUUCAGCUUCUUUGGCAAGAAGAAAUAGGACUUUUGUCAAAAACAUGGAUGUCCCACAAACUGAAAGAGUCCAAUCAACACAUUGGUCUCGGUGCAGCCCUGAGGUGUUACUGUAUGUCGACAGCUACAGAAAAUGUACUUAGUAUUUCCCCCCUCCCACCGCUUCCUUUCGGGUUUUAUCUGUCACGGUCUUUUUGGGUCUCUGGUAUUUCCCAUCUAAGUGCUUCUCAACCAAGGAGACCAUCACCCAGAGACACAACACACAGUAACUAACACAACCAUGUUGUCUGAGGAAAUGCGGGUGGAAUUAACGAGGUCCUGUUCAUCUUCCGUUCACUAAUUAGGUUUUCAUUCAUUAUGUGUGAGCUGCACUCACUGAUUGACCAUUUUUAUCCACUUUUAAACUCUUCUCUUUUGAAGAAAAACCCUGUGACCCUUUUUUUCUGCUUUGGGCCUCAUUGUUAUUAACCUGACCAAUAUUUUGCUGUUAUGAUUUAUUUAUCUUUUCUUAUUGCUGAUUUGAAGAAAACUAAUGAAUUUGAUUAUCUUAAUCCAUGUUGUGGAGAGAAACCCAGGUGGUACAACUAGUGGAGAAUGUUGGGCUUAUUCUUGUAUGUAUUAUUAUGAUUAUAAUAUUAUUAAUCACUUUUAGGAAUGACAAUUCUUGAGGUGUUUUUGAAAAAUAAAGCUCAUUUGAUUUUAGCAGUGUGCAGUAAGUGAUCACAGACUAAAUUGGGAAUUUGAUAUAUAUUUAAAAAGUGGUUUGAUUUUUUUUUUAUUUGCUAAAUUUGCCUGAUUAUAUCAUCGGAGUGAUAUUUUCUGCUUGAUUUUUAAUGGGUUUUUUUGUCUGUACAAAGCAGAGAGAAUUAGUUUUUCUAGUGUGUGUGGGUGUGCGUGUGUGUGUGUGAGUUGUGGUGAUGUGAAUUUUGCACGUCGAUAUUAUCCCUCAUCAAAUAUGGCCACAUGGAUGCUACUUUUUGGUACUCAAACGCAGAUGGAAAUGGGACACAAAUAGAAAAUACUGGAAUGCUUUUAUGGGGAAAAGUGUUUUUUUGUUUUGGUUCAGGUAUUAUUUGUAAGAAGGAGGUUUCUCUUCAUGGUCUUUUUAUUUCUGUUUCCAUCUAAUUUUCAGGUUAUUGGUAUAAUGGAGUUGGGGGCAAGCGAGUCGUCAGACAGCACACUGUAUCAUGGGUAUAAUGUAGGGAGUCAAACUGCCUUACUACCCCUCCAGUCAAAUGUUUUUCAAAAAUAAGCUUUACGGUCUAAAAACUGAAUGUUCAAAUGUAAUGAUCUGGCUGUGGAUGAUACAUGCAGCUACAAUAUGCCCACCUGAGACGAGAUGGUCUAAAAAUAACCUUUGUGCGUUGACAUUUGUGGCAUGAUGAUACUGUAGGUUUAUAUUUGUGUAUCACCAUCACCCCAUCUGUGUCAAUUUAUGCUGAGAACAUGUGAUUUGCUUCGUUAUCAGGGUCAGAGAACUAUAAUAUUGUAAUAUUAUAUGUAAUCGGCAUCUGUAAUAACUAGAAACAAGGUAGCUCAGUUUCUGAUAAUGUAUUAGAUUCAUCCAAGUACUGUACACGUACAGUAUUUAGUGGGGCAGUAGACAGUUUUAUAUGAAUAUAUUGAUAACUAUGUCACUUUCAUCCAGGUAUCAACUUGCCUUUUCUAACUGCCAAAAUUCAGUAAGCGGUAACUUGAUAACAAUUAAGAAUUGAAGGGUUUGAGUCGGUUCUCAGUUAAUGAUAAUAAUGUGUUGCAUAUUUUGGCUGAUUGUCACAAGGACACGUGAGAGGGAGAUGUAAACAUAUAUCCAGUAUGGUUGCGCUGGUUUGAACUGUAUUGCUUGGCCUUAUUUUCUAGUUCCAAAUGAAUGUGGAACCAGUACAACCAUCGCGCCAGUCGAAAAAGAGAGUUGGUUAAAGUACUAAGAUCAACAGAGAGCCGGCGUCGUUACGUUGAGCACAAGUUUAAAUGUCCCAGGUCAAUGAGUUCUGACGUCAAAGGUCACACUGUAUUUUCUGACUUUCUUCAGCUCCUUUGAAUGUAAAUCAGUUGGGCCGAAAAGAGAAACAAAGCUUACAAGGGAUCUUUUUCUUCCACACUCACAUAUAUGCUGUGCUGUAUGCUUAAAGCAGGGAUGGCAUUUUCCUCAACUGUGUUAUUUUUUUAAAUAAAAGUGAGGACCUUUGACAAGAACAUA